UGUCUGCACAUCAGACAUGCAGCGUCCUCAAAAACAGUUGCUGCAAAGCAGAUCAGAGAGUCCAGGGAAGCCCAGCCCCGAGCUACGACAUCCAGGCUGGAAAGAAAGGAAGAAAGAAAAAAGCAAACAAAAAAAAAAAAAUUCAAAUGUUCCCCAGCGCAACUGGCUCCUGGAUGAGCGAUUACAGCUCACUGCAACAAGCUCCUGCUUCAGUAACCCCCCACCCUUCUCACCCAGACCUCCUCGCCACUUUCUCUCAAUCUUCGACCCUCCCUCUCGUCUGCUUUCUCAUCAUUUCUACUUUUAGUCGAAGGCCACCCUCCUCUUCAGGCACCGGCGAAUGGCUUGAAAGGUGGCACUGAUUAAAGGCUGCAUGAAAUCGGCUCUAAUUGAGAGGAGGAGGGGCGACGGGUGCCUCUGGAAAAGAAAAUACCUCUAAUCUGCAGUCAAGGACCUUUAAAGGAUAUUGCUGCUUUUAUGUGCAGAAGCCACCUUGAGAUGUGGCAAUAGAUCAUUCUAAUAGAAAUGUCCAAAACGGACCCGAAUGCUCGCAGGUGUUGGACUUUGUGCUUGUUUCAGCUAUUUUGGCUUCACUGCUUGACUGUAGGUUUUAGUUGCUCGCAGUGUCACUGGUUCAAAUGGAAGCAAACAUUUAAAGGACAUUGCCAGAUAACUGGGCUCAUUAAUAUGUCAGUACUGUUCAAUCACAUCAGGUAGGUCUGUGAUUAAAGUCUAUAUGUGCCAUUUUCUGCAAGUUUGGAGCUAGUUUAUAUCUUUUAUAGGAGUUAUAAACUCAUUUUCUGUGCGAACUCUAGUUUCUGCUUUGGGAAGUACCUUGGGAAAAAACAGAUUUUCGGGAUAUUCUGUUUGACCCUUAUCGUUCAGAUUGAGUACAUGAGACAGUCCACGGUAUUUCUGAUUACUCUGCUCUGCUUUCCCUCUUUCGAUUGUCAUGACAAACGUAGACUGGACCUUAAAUACUGUGGGAACACCUUCCUGGAUUCCUAUGGUUUUCUUUCCUAUUCAAGGACCCACAAUAAGGCCUCCUGUUAUUACUUUCUGUUUUCCUUCUGGUCUUUCUCCUUCUCUGGAGUAAUUUUUGACUUCUCUAUCAACUUCGUUCCACCCGACGCCACGUUCCUUGCUUCCAGUUUCACUUUUUGUUUUAAAGUACCAAGGGAAAGCCAAUAAGUUUCUUUUUUUCCAGUAUCAAAACAUGUCAAGAAUACCUGAGUAAUGCCCACAAUCUUUCUAGGUUCUCCAGUUUCAUUGCCUUUCUCCCCGCUCUACGUUUCUGUGUGGCAUAAUCUGACAUCUUCCCUAUUUCUUCCCUGCGUUCUGACAAGUUUCACAAUUCCUCUGGAUACUUUGGUUUCUGCCUUCGUUCCGGUUUCCACUCAUAUCUGCAGUACCUGGAGAAACCAGGUACUCUGAUUUAUCCUCCAUCUUCCUACUAAAUACUGGUCUUGCCUAAGAAACCCUACAAGAGUACUGGGAGAAAGUCCAGAAUUUAUCCAGACUCUACAGUUUCCUCCCCACCUACCAACCCCUUUCCUGUCUAGAACACCUGCAGAAGCCCAAUACUUACACCGAGUACUCUGGUUUCUCGACAUAUUUCUCAAACACAAGGAACGGUUUUCCAUUACCAUGGAAACUCCUAAUAAAAUCCAUAAAACAUAAGGCAUCCUGUUCCUUUUUUUGAUCCCGUACAAAAGUUGUCGAUUGGUGUUUGACACUGCUCUUGUGACAUGCUUAUGAACUUGUAGGGAUUCAUCUUACUGACCUACAUCUGUACACUCCAUCUUGAGUGGUUUACAGUGUGUUUGUAGCAUCCAUCUGAUGUGUUUUCCAGGUCAAGGCUCUGCCAAGUCUGUACAUCAACCAGGCUGUCAGUGAUGUUCCAGAGAAACGAAGCAAACCCGGGAGACUUAAAUAUCACGAUUCCUUUGACUAACAAUAUUGUACUCUUUCUGGGGUCUUGGGGGAUUUUGAGCUUCAAAAGAGUGGGGAAACUGCUUCAAGUGUACCAUUUGUCUUAAUAGUGGAGGUAAAAGUAGCUUGUUUCCUCUACAGAACAAGACAGGAAGUCUUGCAAGUGCUCCAAAGACAGGCUGAUUUCUCAUUACUGAAACUGGGGAGCCACCGCGGGACCAGAAAACAACAUCAGACAAAAGCUCAACCUUUUGCACAUCUGUGACGUUUAGAUUUGCACUAAAUGCAGCACAGAAACGUUCAAAUCUGAGGUCAUGAGGACAAACCUCGAUACCAGCCGUCUCUCUGAUAUCCCAGCUAUUUCACAGCUUCAUCCCAUAACUGUACAAGCAUCUUCGAUGUACGGUAGGUCAUUUCCCACUUGCCGAGGUCAAAAUUUGUCAAAUUCUUCAAGCUUCUUCAAGCGCAACAAAGCAAUAGAUAGUGAUGGUUCAAAUUGUCAGAUGUUUUUAUUUCUUAAAAUAUACUUUUUAACGACUUGCAAGAUGUAUUUUAACCAAAAGGAGAACAUUUUGUGCACAUGGAAACCUAAUUCUGGCCUCAGUUCCUGCGGUAGGACAACGUGAAGAAUUUAAACAUACAGGAGGUUAUUUCUGGACAUGAGACUACAUGGCAGCGUAACCUCAAAAGCAAAGACUGGCCACUAACUGAGAGUUUCAAACGGUGUACUUCAGCUAAGCAACGGUGCCAACUACCCAGAACAAACGCCCCCCCAGGAUUUUAAGGAAUCUUAAGAAAAGUUUGCAUGGAGGAAAAGCGUGACGUUUGAUGUAAGCGUGGUUCUAGUCUGGAUAAGAGUGGAAAAAGAAAGUAAAGUAUGGAAAUAUAAUUGUGUCCCUUCAUUCUCUUACAUUCCUUUCUUCCAAAUAUCCUGUUAUUUACCCUCUUAUUUAUUUUCGUCACAUUAUGUUUAUUAAUAAUUCCUUCUGCUUAUUCCUUCACUGGAAUAUUUCCAACACUCAAGUUGUGUUUGUGUCAAAGUCUAUAGUUUGUGUUGCAUUUGCUGCUGUAUUAAGUUAAACCCUUACAAGAGAAAUAUGGUGCCUAAUGUCAGCCUGUCUUAAAAAAAUGUAAAAUAAAUCAAGUAAAACUAAUCUGUUUUCCGUAGCUGCAGAGCAAAAGGGAUCCACCAGGGUAAUACGUACCUUCUCCCAUAUUAUCUUACACAUCACAUGCAUUAAUUAUAAUUUCACGAGUCUGAAAGAACACACCCGGAUUAACCACCGUAGUCAGAGUGUUGUGGACACAGCUGAUAGGACGUAGCAGUGCCAUCGUUUUUGUUUGCGUCCGACUGCUUUUGGGCUAUUUAAAAUGUUUGCCGCGGCCACUAAGAACUUUGUGAAGCAGGUCGGGGACACGGGGAGACUGAUCCCCGUUCCGAGCCUAAGCGAGGCCGACCGCUACCAGCCCCUCAGCCUGGUCACCAGGAAGAGGAAGAGGUAUUUCUGGAAGAAGAACAAGUACGCCUCGACGCCUUUCUCGCUGAAAGACAUCCUUGUUGGGGAGAAAGAGAUCACAGCAGGAGUAUCGUCUUAUCAACUCUUAAACUACGAGGACAAAUCUGACGUAGCUCUCGGCGGUCGCCUAGGUAACCACUUAAUUAACGACGUGGGGUUCAACGUCAGCGGGUCAGACUCUGUGGCCGUCAAAGCCUCUUUCGGCAUCGUGACCAAACACGAACUGGAGGUCCCCACUUUACUCCGUGAACUCAACUCUAGGAAGGUUGACCUGGAUCAUUGCCUGGUUCGUCAGUCGAGGGAGAGUGGACGGACUGUUCUAUGUGUGGUUGUAGAGAGCAUCCGGACAACACGUCAGUGCUCUCUAACCGUCCACGCUGGCAUGAGAGGGACUACCAUGAGGUUUCAGAUUGACGACGGCAGAAACCCCAAAGGUCGAGAUAAAGCCAUCGUCAUUCCGGCUCACACCACCAUCGCCUUCAGCAUCUGUGAGCUGUUCGUCCGUCUGGACGGUCGGCUUGAUAUUUGUGUUGCUCCAGAGUCUCAUGGGGGCUUUGAGAAGGAACAAAUCAGGGAGCAAUUGGGCGGCUUCAUUGGGCAUUUCUCAAUGGGACGCCUACGCCGCUUCCUGUCUGGGAUUAUCUAUGGGAACCCCUUCCGAGCAGACGACAGGAUGUUCGAAGAGCUCACCCAGUCCGACACCUACGUGGAUGACAUGGUGACUGACUACUACGAGAAAGCUGCCAGCAUGACGGAUGUGUCUACGGCCUACCUGAGGGAAAGCACUCACACACGGGUCAAUCUUUUGAAACACAACAUCCCAAAGGGACCCUGCGCACUGUGCGGUAUGGGAAGUCAACGGCGGGAAACAGUCUACGGGUGUCUGGAAUGCUCCCCUGGGGGCCAGAAGUAUGUCCGACUGCAUGUGGUGCCCUGUUUUGAUCUUUGGCACAAAACCCUCAGGUGAAAAGGGAAAACUGUUGAACUGUGACCAACAUCUUUGACACAUCUCGCCAUUGCCUCAGAAGAAACCAAAUAUCCCCUUGUGACGUGGCUGAUGUAUCAUUUUCAGUUUAUCUUUGGCAAUAUCCCAUUUCCACACGUGUGGCGCCCGUGUAUUGUGGCUGCCAUCGGAUUAAAUAUUCAGCAAGUGGUGGUGUAAAGGCCAGCAAGGAAACAAUGAGAGACCGGUUGGGUUCAGUUCCAACUGUGUCGUUGGUUUUAAGUUUUUGUUCUCUGUCUCACCAAGCUUUAACUUUAUUUCCAUAAGCAUAUUCUUUUGAAAUAAUUGCAAUGAAUCUCUGAUAUGCUCAAGUAUACUUUAAACUUAAGGUUUGGAUGUUAAUUCUGAUAGAACACACAUCAAACUUUAAAUCUGUUUUAUCUCCAAAAACAUUGUUUAGCUGCUUUAAAUUUUAUGAAUGUGAACUUGUGAAAUUUACGCACUAACCUCUUGUGACGCUAUAAGAGAACAUGGUGGCGCUUGUUGCAGCCUUGUGAUUUUUGUUGCUUUAUGUAAUGGUGUUUGGUUUUUGUCCUGUUGGAAGGUAAAGGUUUGCCUUGGUUUCAAGUCUUUGCAGCUUCUAAAAUCUUCCCAUCUACUCUGACCAGCUUUACCGUCCCAGCUGAAGAAGAGCAUCCCGAUGCAGCCGCCGUUGUAUUUCUAACGGCUCUCUUUCAUUAAAUAUUUGUUUUUGUAUUGAGAUGAAAUUAAACUCUGGUUGACUGUUUUGAUAAUUUAUCAGACUUCUGAAGGGGGUUACUCUUAUUUAUUCUGUAUCACAGCAAAUGGUUUGAAAAUAC